AUGGCGGCGGGCUUUGGCUUCUCAGUCGGUGACUUUAUUGCUUGUACCAAGGUAGCUAAAUCAGUAUAUCUAGCGUUCCGUGAAGGCACGGGGGCAAGUUCGACAUACCAGCGGUUUGUGGCAGAUCUGAAUGGCCUAUUAUGCGGGUUAGAAGAGAUACGCUGUCUGGAGUUCGAUGAAUCACAAAAAUACCAAAAGCUAGCUCUACAAGAAGCUGCUGACCAGUGUCAACAAACCAUUGAAACAUUCCUUUUACAACAUGCCAAAUUCAAGGCAUCUCUUGGAAAGGAACACACGGCCUCUAAGUUCAAGACCCGUUUUCACAAAGUUGACCAGGCUACAUUGGAACAGUCAGCCUUGCUUAUGAAAGAAACGCAGAAUCGUAUAGGCCAGACUCACAACAUGCUCGGGACACAAGCAGACACGCUCAGCAGAAUACUGAAUAUUUUGGAAGUUUCAAACACACAACCAAACAUACGGGAUGUGCGAUCUGUCAUGAUGGAAGCCUUCGACAUGAACAUGAAGGUGUAUAGGAUGGCACUUGAUUUACAAAAGUCCCAGUCCCAGCCACAUGUUGACUAUCAAGCGCCUGCUUUGCCGCCACAAAUAGAACGACAACGCCCCGUGGAGCUGGAAGAUGCACAUGGGAGAGUGACGCCUUUCCACGUCGAGUUCAUCAACUCCUUCGAGGCUUUGCAAGCGGUAUUGGAAGCUCGAUUUCGCCAUGUUCCCGGAUGGAAGAAAGUAAAGAAUAUGGAAUAUGUUAUGAAGGAAUCCAACUCAAAGCGCCAGCUAGAUUUCAAAGCACCAUGGGAGUCGGUCUUUUUACCUGGUAGGAGCGUGACCAUGAGUAUGGUGUUUUGGAUGCCACCUCCAUCCGGGUUGAGGUGUCCGGGUUGCCAGCUGGAAAGCAAAGAGAGCGCAACAGGAUACGAAAUCCAAUGGUAA